UGAAAAUGGUAGAAUUAGAGCAUUGGGUAAGUUUUAAAUGGAGAUUUAUUGGGGGGUUCUCAAGUUUUGAGAUAAUAUUUAUAGAACAGUUUGAAUGUAUUGAGUUUAAUGUAGCAAUAGAUGCACAUUUUGGGUGAUCACCUGCAAUAGUUUUACAGUUUUUUCUAAAACGAUGCAUUUUCGGAUAUUUUUACUUUAAAAGUUUAGAUUUAAAGUUUCGCUAGACAUUAAGUUUCUUUGAAUAUAAGUUAUAUUUCUUCUUAUUUCUAAAAGUUGUUCAUAUCCUGGUUGAAAUAAUCUUUACAAUUCUUAAAGUAGAGACCAAGAUUCUGAAUAAAAUCAACAAGCUCAGCUCUUUGUUACUUCCCAGACUUAGUACUAAGUUAAAUACAUUUCAACAUUUUAGAGAUUCUCUAAUAUGAUGACACCUCCGAACUUGAAUUUUCUCAUUAAAAAAUUCUCAAUCUGCCCCAUGAAUUUUCUUUGCUCCAAAAUCUUAGGUUUUCAAAACAUCUAUGAUACAACAAAAUAGUCAAUAAGCAUUUAACAAUGAGGGAAGUAUUUUCAUAUUUUCCUCAGUCAAAUAACCUAAGCAACUGGAGCCAAAUAGCCAGUCCUUAAACUCUGUCUUCUCAGUGUCUCUGUUCGUUCAAUCGUUAAUAAAAUAAUCAAAAAUUUUCAUUUUC